CUUGGUUCAUUUCUAACUCAUUGUGUUCGUCUUCAGAGGUGUGGAUUUGUGUCGAUCCCCCUCUUUCUCUUUUCCUUCCUUGUUUGAACCCCUUUCUAGGGUUAGGGUUUUCUGAUUUCCAUGGCUUCCUCGUCUGUUGAGUACCGUUGCUUCGUGGGUGGCCUUGCGUGGGCCACUGAUAAUCAUGCCUUAGAGAAGGCUUUCUCUUCCUUUGGCGAGAUCGUGGAAGCGAAGAUCGUCAACGACCGUGAAACCGGAAGAUCGAGGGGAUUUGGAUUCGUGACGUUUGUGGAUGAAGAGGCCAUGAGAAGCGCUAUCGAAGCAAUGAACGGCCAGAACCUUGAUGGACGGAGUAUCACCGUCAACGAGGCUCAGCAAAGAGGCGGUGGCGGCGGCGGCGGUGGUUACAACCGUGGUGGAGGUGGUGGUGGUGGUUACGGUGGACGCCGUGAAGGAGGUGGUGGUGGAUACAACCGUGGAGGCGGUGGUUACGGUGGUGGUGGAGGUGGAUACGGAGGUGGUGGUUACGGCGGAGGACGUGACCGUGGAUACGGCGGCGGUGGUGGUGAUGGUGGCCGCUACCAGAGAGGAGGUGGCGGCGGCGGUGGAUCUGAAGGAGGGUGGAGAAAUUAGGCGGUGGUGCAUUACGAUUUAGCUUUUGGUUUCGUCGAAGUAUUAGUGUGAUGAUAAAAAGAAAAAAAAAAAUCUUAGCAGCCUUUUGAUUUCCCUGUACUGUGUUCCGUUUGGGUGCUCUCUUUUUUUGACCGAUGACCGAUGGGUUUCGUGUUCCUCAUUAUGUCUCUGUUACAACGAAAAAAUGAUAUAAGAAAAUGAAGUAGUGCAGCUCUUCGUUCUCAACAAA